GGGUGGAGCCCAAUCAGUUAUCCAGUGCAGUUAUCCAGAGGCAUUGCGAACUCUGAGUGCAUUUGAGCAAUUUGAGCCCUUUGAGCCAUUUGAGGCAAUUUGAGCCGUGUGGGCGGUGUUUGUGUCGUCUUUGAUCGUUUGAUCGCCUCGCUCUGCUUAUGAUCAUUGUGCCCCUCCUCUGUGAAGUCGUGAAGAUAAGGUGCGGUUUUUGCGCCGAAGCUUGAAACGCGGCGCGAUGUCUAUUAUCAUCGCUGUUCUGGUUGCUGUGCUCGCUCUUUUGGUCUGGAAGAUUCGAAGAACCUUCACAUUCUGGAAUGACAAAGGUGUUCCCUAUCAGACCUUCUGGCAAUAUCUGAGGGUUGUGUACGACCUGUAUACGAAGCCACUUCACGAAGUUGUGCGUAAGAACUACGAAACUUAUGGACGCGUCUAUGGGUCUUACCAAGGCAUUGUCCCCACGUUGGUUGUUGGAGACCCCGACCUGCUUUCGGAUGUUCUCGUUAAAGACUUCAAGUCCUUCUCAGACAGAACGGAAGCUCAGAAAGUUGGAAAUGAGGUGUGGAAAAAAUUGAUCAUGAACCUCUCUGGUGAAGAGUGGAGACGUGCGAGGAACAUCCUGUCCCCGGCAUUUACUUCGACCAAACUCAAGACGAUUUUUUUCAAGCUGUAUCAUAUUGCUGGGAGGGCAGUUACACGUAUGGAAAAUGCUGCAAUGGGUGAGCAGCCGCUCGCAGUUAAUGAGGUAUUCGAGAACUGUGCCAUGGACAGCACCGCUGCGCUGAUGUAUGGCAUAGACUUGGACAGUUUCGGGGACCUCGACCAUCCUUUGCUGCAUUGUUGUGAGAAGCUCUUCAGCAGCGUGGCAAGCUGGCAGCUGGUCAUGUUGUUCACAAUGCCCAGUGUCUACAAGCUCCUUCUUCCGGGCUAUCCUCCGAAAGAAAGUACUGAGGCUUUGAGAAAGUUUGUGUCGCUCAUGAUUGAAGAGAAACAGAAGAAGCAAUCUAAAGAUGAUGACAUACUGCAGAUGCUUCUGGAUACCGAUUGCGGAGAGGGCGACAGAAAGGAGAGCGGUGCCAAGGGUGACAUUCUAGGAAAGGGAGCUAUGACCCUCGACGAGAUCACGGCACAGGCGCUCUUGUUCUUCGUUGCUGGCACCGACACUGUGAUGUCAUCGAUGACGUAUGCGACCUACUUCCUGGCUCUCAACCCACAGUGCCAAGAGAGGGUUCUGGCAGAGAUCGACGCAGCUGUGGAGAAGCGUGGGGUCACGUACGAGUCGCUGCAGGAUAUGCCGUACCUGGAAGCCUGCAUCAAAGAAACCAUGCGCCUGUACUCUCCAGAUUCUGUGACCAUGAGGAUGUGCACAAAUGAAACCACUGUGGCAGGAGUGCGCUUCAAACCUGGAAUGAACAUCGAUGUGCCCAUCGCUGGAGUUCAUUAUGACCCGGAGUUCUUUCCUGAUCCCGAGAAAUUUCAACCCGAACGGUUCCUUCCCGAGAACAAGGGCAACCUGAAGCCGCUCACGUUCCUCGCCUUUGGCGCUGGUCCACGCAACUGUGUGGGCAUGCGCCUGGGCAUUCUGCAGGUCAAGGUGGCUCUCGCCUGCAUACUGGAGCACGUGAGGUUUGAAACGUGCAAGGAGACAAUGAUCCCACUGAAGUUCAAGCCGAGGAACCUUCUUCCUCAAAUGGAUGGGCCCCUGAUGCUUCGAGUGUUGCUGCGGCGUGAUGAUGAGUAGCGGUGCCGUCGACAACUAGAAAGCUGAAGUGCAGCAGAGCCUGGAAGGUUCUAUAAAAAGAGGAAAGCUCCGAAAGCAUUGUAACGCAGUCAACCACUUGCUAGGAGACUAACUCUAGUUGCUUGAAAUCUGUUAAUGCAUACAUAUGUGUUUUCCACGUUCCUCAUAGGGUAUCCUACUCAGGGAGUUUUCCAUCGAACUGCAUGUCUUGAUUUAACCAAAUAAGAAGGGGAGAGAAGGGAAAAAAACAUUGGUAGUACUUUGCUUUCUUUUGCACUCAGUGGUACACUCUUGAUUAGCCCAUUUCAUGCUGUGUGUCUUUUGACUGAUAUAUAUAGAAAAUUGCUGAUAGUACUGAUCUAUACAGUAGAAUCUCGAGGGAUUGCGGAAAAUAUUCGUAUUAUCCGAAAUUCAUACGUGCAAAAAAACGAGUCUUUUUUUUUUUUUGACGUCACCCAGGAGGCACUUUUGGAACAUGUUGAAACGUGCGCACGUGUCUUCGCUGGCGUUGAUCGAGCUCACUAUGGGUCCACAUCACGUAAGCGAAUUAUGUUUUAGUGAACAGUGGUCAUUUCAUCGAAUCGACACUUUAUCGAAUAACUGGGGCAUGUGUUAACCCUCCCCCCUGACUGCGUUCAUCACGCCGCUUGGCGGCGACAGUCUGUGGCGGCUCAUUGCAAAAUUGUUAGCCCACCUGGCCCACCCGUAAACGCAACUUCGAGGCGGCCGACCAUUUGCAUAAGUGUCUUUCGAUAAAAAGUUGGAGUUUGUUAAAACGUCGUUCGACCAUCUGAGUGCCACCCACCUCACUAUGCGCCGCAGCACGUCGAGUGCAUGCAGUGUUUCAGCAGUCGUCGGCGGUUGCUCGUCGUUAGUUACUUCACCGUCGUCAUCUCUGCUACUUGACUCUCCUUGCGGUGCUGUCACUUUGUAAAUAAUUUCCUCGACAGUCCUUAAUCUGCAAGUCGCGAGGUUGUCAGUCGCAGGAAUGAAAUCGAAGGCCGAUUCUUCAGCACAAAGUAGGCCCCAGUCCUCAAUUCUCAAGUUUUCUUCUGGCUCCACUGUAUAAUUUACGAAUCCACACAUGCGAAAGCAGUUUGAUCAGUGUUGACCACAUGAUCAACGCUAAUUACGAAUGUUAUUUCUCAUUUUUAUUCGAGUGAUUGAGAGUUACUAAAACCCGUUUAUCACUUCACAAUAAAAAAAAAA